AUGGAUCUGUUUAGCGUUAAACAGCAGUACUACACAGGAAACUUCAAGGAAGCGCUUUCAAAUGUGGAGAAGCUAGGAUCUAGCGAUUCCGCAGCUGUGGAGUUUUACAAAGCUAAAUGUCUGCAGGCGUUGAACCCAUCCGAGUCGUAUAAGAGUCAGACGCCAUUGGGUUUGGUAUUUCAGGCGUACAGUGCAACUUUAGAAGGCGGAGAUCUGGGAAAGCUCGAGGAAUUAGUCGACAAGCAUAAGUCUUUGUUUGCUUUAAACCUAUGGGCCACAGCACAAGCUACACAAGGUGAACUGGAAUCCGCCCUACAAACGUGUAUCGAUGCACUUGCUUCCAUAGGAGACCUUGGCAUGGGUGCCACGGAACUGGUGCUUUUGGCUGUUCAAAUCUCGGUUCUGGAGCCGCAAAGAGCGUCGAGCGCUUCCAUGAUUUUACAAAACUUCCUGGCUGCUCAUGAAGAGUACCCGAACGAGGAUGAAAUUAUCGUGAAUCUCGCUGAGUCCUACGCGAACUUCGCGCUAGGCCGCGAAAUUUCCGGCUCCAAUUUCUACUUCUACGAAGAGCUUUGCCAGACUCUGCCAUGUUGGAAGUCGCAACUCGGGCUUUUAAGUUUGCAUUUGCAGCAGAAAAACAUUCCAGAGGCUCAAGCUAUUGUGGACCUGUUAGAGUCCGACUUUUAUCAAGAUCAAAACCAGUCUGCCAAACUUUACACGCCUGAAUUGAUUGCCAACAAGAUUACACUCGCGGCCAUGCAAGGCGAACAUGUCAGCGAGCUCAGAGACCAGCUUCUGCGCAGCAAUCCAAAACACCAAUUGUGCCAAAAAUAUACAGCCAACAAUGCCAAGUUCGAUGAAAUCGUGGCUAAAUACGCUUAG